CGAGGGGCCGGGCGAGGGGCGGCCCUGGCCCCGAGCAGCUGAAGCCUGGGGUCAGCAGGCGCUGCGGGCGUAGCUCCGGUGCAAGCGAGGACACGACACAUGCAGUGGCUUCUGGACUGCGCGAUGACUGGACGCAAGUAACUUCUAGGUCUGCAGACAAGAGGAAGAGAAGAUGAAGGAAGACUGUCUGCCGAGUUCUCACGUGCCCAUCAGUGACAGCAAGUCCAUUCAGAAGUCGGAGCUCUUAGGCCUGCUGAAAACCUACAACUGCUACCAUGAGGGCAAGAGCUUCCAGCUGAGACACCGUGAGGAAGAAGGGACUCUGAUCAUCGAGGGGCUCCUCAACAUUGCCUGGGGGCUGAGGCGGCCCAUCCGGCUGCAGAUGCAGGAUGACCGGGAGCAGGUGCACCUCCCCUCCACCUCAUGGAUGCCCGGACGGCCCAGCUGCCCUCCACUGACUCUCUUGGUUUGAAAUCCAGGCCUCACCUCAGCCUGCCUUGCUUCCCGCCUGUGUCCUACCCCAGGGGCUGCUGGUCUCUUCUCCUUGGCCUGAGCUCCCUUUCUCUGCCAGCAGCCAUCUCAGCCCUGCAGUUGUCUCUUUUCAGAAAGGAGCCAUCGCCCCAGAACGGGAACAUCACAGCACAGGGGCCAAGCAUUCAGCCAGUGCACAAGGCUGAGAGUUCCACAGACAGCUCGGGGCCCCUGGAGGAGGCAGAGGAGGCCCCCCAGCUGAUGCGGACCAAGAGCGACGCCAGUUGCAUGAGCCAGAGGAGGCCCAAGUGCCGCACCCCCGGUGAGGCCCAGCGCAUCCGGCGACACCGGUUCUCUAUCAACGGCCACUUCUACAAUCAUAAGACCUCCGUGUUUACUCCAGCCUACGGAUCCGUGACCAAUGUGAGGGUCAACAGCACCAUGACAACCCUGCAGGUGCUCACCCUGCUGCUGAACAAAUUUAGGGUGGAAGAUGGCCCCAGUGAGUUCGCACUCUACAUCGUUCACGAGUCUGGGGAGCGGACAAAAUUAAAAGACUGCGAGUACCCGCUGAUUUCCAGAAUCCUGCAUGGGCCAUGUGAGAAGAUCGCCAGGAUGUUCCUGAUGGAAGCUGACUUGGGCGUGGAAGUCCCCCAUGAAGUCGCUCAGUACAUUAAGUUUGAAAUGCCGGUGCUGGACAGUUUUGUUGAAAAAUUAAAAGAAGAGGAAGAAAGAGAAAUAAUCAAACUGACCAUGAAGUUCCAAGCCCUGCGUCUGACGAUGCUGCAGCGCCUGGAGCAGCUGGUGGAGGCCAAGUAACUGGCCAACACCUGCCUCUUCCAAAGUCCCCAGCAGUGGCAGGUGUACAUUGAUCCCUGGUUGCUGGCCCCGGGCGGUCACAUUGACUGAUGGCCACCGCCUGACGAAUCGAGUGCCUGUGUGUCUACCUCUCUGAAGCCUGAGCACCAUGAUUCCCACAGCCAGCUCUUGGCUCCAAGAUGAGCACCCACAGGAAGCCGACCCAGGCCUGAGGGGCCAGGAACUUGCUGGGUCAGAUCUGUGUGGCCAGCCCUGUCCACACCAUGCCUCUCCUGCACUGGAGAGCAGUGCUGGCCCAGCCCCUGCGGCUUAGGCUUCAUCUGCUUGCACAUUGCCUGUCCCAGAGCCCCUGUGGGUCCACAAGCCCCUGUCCUCUUCCUUCAUAUGAGAUUCUUGUCUGCCCUCAUAUCACGCUGCCCCACAGGAAUGCUGCUGGGAAAAGCAGGGCCUGCCAGCAGGUAUGAGAUCUAGCCUGCUUUCAGCCAUCACCUUGCCACAGUGUCCCCGGCUUCUAAGCCUCCAAUGUCACCCUGUGAGCCUCGCACAGCUCAGCCCCAACACAGAGGUGAGACCAGGAAUAAGGCCACAAGUAUCUCACUUUCUCUGCAGAAAUCAGUCUUUACUUCAUCAGAGAGACCUAAAGCGAUUCUUACAAGGAGCUUGCUGCAAGAAACACGGUCAUUCAAUCACAUUGAGGAGGGUCCACAUGGCAUUGAGAGGGUGCUGCCCUCUCAAUGCCCAGCAGCAGCUCUGGAAGGCAGUGCUCAGCCCCAUCACCACUGUCCCGUGGAUGCCUGUGUACCUCUUGCCUUUUCUGGGCUUGCGUUUCUCUCCUCUAGUGGGUGGGGAUGACUUUCAAUGACUUUCAAUACUUCCCCUGAAGGAAGAAUGAUAAGGAGAAAUGUCUGUUUUGAGGAAAGGGCUUUGAAUUCCCCAGAUACUGAACAAUUUGUGUUUGUGACUGAUGGAGAAUUUCAGGAAUGAAUGAGAAAGCCUUUGUGAAACUAUGCAACAGUUUACAUCAGUCAUGUGAAGUAUUUGUCUAAAACAGAGCAAACUGAAGACCAAAUUAUUCUCCUGUUGAGGUCCGUGGAUGGCAAAUUUAAAGGGAAGAACCACAAAGGCUUGCAAAGAUAGGAGAGGCUCCAUCUCUAAUGCAUGUAGAAGCUCCUUACGGGUGCCCAUCAAGAGCAUAGCUUGGAAGCCACCAUGCUGUGCCGAACUGCAUCAGGGCAAAUGUCACAGCAGGAUUUCCCCAACCCAGCUCCAUCAUCACAGACACAGAGAGCUGCAGGGGAGGCCUGCCCACUGUUUUGUCGACUCUGCCCUCCUCUGGCAGCAUAGAUCCUUAGGUGCUCAAUAAAGGUGUGCUGUAUUGAACUGAA